UGGAGCCGGGCUCAGUAAAGCCGGGCCGCGUUCCCCGCCCGCACUUUCGCCGCUUCCGCAGCGCCCGAGCCCCUCCCCGGUUCCGCCUCCCAGGCCCGCCCGCCCCGCUCCCGUUCCCGCUCCGGCCCCGCUGCCGCCCGCGCAUUCUCCAGUGCGAUUUGAAUGAAGUACCCCAAAGUAAAGGCCCUCUCCAGUGUUCCCGUCCACAGGCCUGGACAAGAUGCCAAAGCAGGAAAAUGGCCAAAGGGAAGAUUCUCUCAUCCAGAAUGACCUCAGUGAAUCAUUUGAAGAAGAAGUCAGGGCCUUCCUCGGUGAUGAAGAGAAGCUGCAUCUUUUUGAUGACCUCACCAAGGUGAACCCGGUGACAACCAGGACAGUUCUGAAAUGUCUUCAAGCAAGAUACAGAGUCAACCUGUUCUACACAAAUGCUGGCUGCAGCCUGGUGGCUUUAAAUCCUUUCCAGCCUUUCUCCUGCCUCUACUCACCUGAGCUGAUGAGGGAGUACCACGUUGCACUUUGUCCUCAGGAUUUAAAACCACACAUCUUUGCAGUGGCUGAGCAAACCUACAGGAAUGUCCAAAAGCAGAUGGACCCUGUGAACCAGUCCAUCAUUGUGAGUGGAGAAAGUGGUGCUGGGAAGACCUGGACCUCUCGCUGCCUUAUGAAGUUCUAUGCCUCUGUGGCUGCCUCAGUUAUCUCCCCAAAAGGCAAUGAAACUGUGGAGAGGAUAGAGAGGAGAGUGCUGGAUUCCAACCCUGUCAUGGAAGCAUUUGGGAAUGCCUGCACCCUGAGGAACAGCAACAGCAGCAGGUUUGGGAAAUACAUCCAGCUCCAGCUGGACAGAUUCCAUCAUCUGACUGGUGCUUCCAUCCAGACUUUCCUUCUGGAGAAAACAAGAGUUGCCUAUCAGGCUCCCAAUGAAAGAAACUUCCAUAUUUUUUAUCAGAUCACAAAAGGUGCUACAGCAGAGGAGAGGCUGGAGUGGAACCUUCCAGAAGGGGCUGAGUACCGCUGGCUGCCAAAUUCUGAAAGAAACUUAGAUGAGGACUGCUUCGAGGUGACCAGAGGGGCAAUGUUCCACCUGGGCAUCGGCCGUGCCACGCAGAGCAAUAUUUUCAAGGUGUUAUCAGGCCUCCUGCACCUCGGCAACGUUCAGUUCUCCAAUCCACUGGAUGAAUCUCAGCCUUGUGAACUGGAAGACAAAACCAAAGAGUUUGUGAGGACCACGGGGGAGCUGCUCCAGAUUCCCACUGAGGAACUCCUGGAAUGUUUAAGGAUCAGAACAAUCACUGCUGGGAAACAGCAGCAGGUGUUCAAGAAGCCAUGCUCCAGAGCUGAGUGUGAGACCAGGAGGGACUGCCUGGCCAAAGUCAUCUAUGCCAGGUUGUUUGAGUGGCUGGUGUUGGUCAUAAAUGAAAACAUCUACACAGAGCCCUCAGUGUGGACCAGCUUCAUAGGUUUGUUGGAUGUUUAUGGGUUUGAAGCCUUCCCUGAAAACAACUUGGAGCAGCUCUGCAUUAAUUAUGCCAAUGAGAAACUGCAGCAGCACUUUGUAGCUCACUACCUGAAGGCACAGCAGGAGGAAUAUGCAGCUGAGGGCCUGCAGUGGUCGUUCAUCAACUACCAGGAUAACCAGAACUGCCUUGACCUGAUAGAGGGAAAUCCUCUCAGCAUUUUUUCCUUGCUGAAUGAGGAGUGUCGCCUGAACAGAGCCUCCAACACUGACCUGUUCCAGACCAGGAUUGAGAAAGCCUUGUCCAGUAAUCAGUGUUUAAGUCGAGAUAAAUUCAGUAAGAAGCCCAACUUUAUCAUUUCACAUUAUGCUGGCAAAGUCUGCUAUCAGCUGGCAGCAAUGGUGGAGAAAAAUAAGGAUGCUGUUCCUCCGGAGCUGAUCCACGUUUUGCAGACCUCAAAGGAUCCUUUGCUUCAAAAAUUAUUCCCUGUGACAGAAAACAACCAAAAUAACACCAAAACCCAGAACAGAGCAGCUGUUGUUACAGUGGUGUCCAAGUUCAAGAGCUCCCUGGAGCACCUGAUGGAGAUUCUGGGCAGAACCACUCCCCACUACAUCCGCUGCAUCAAGCCCAACGCUGACUGCAGGGCCAUGACCUUCAGGAGAGAAGAGGUUCUCAGCCAGCUCCAGGCCUGUGGCAUAGUGGAAGCCAUCACCAUCAGUGCAGCAGGUUUCCCAGUCAGGAUCCCUUUCCAAAGUUUCACUGAGCGCUACGAACUGCUGAGGAAAUCCUGGGGCUCCAGCAAAAAAAGAGUGUGGGAUAAAAGCAGCUCUCAUCCUGCUGAGAAAACAGCUUACCUGGACUCUGCUGCUUCUUGCACCUUUUGCACUCUUCUCUUUUUCUAAGCAAGAGUGAGGAUGGACUUUAACAAACACAACCCAGCCCACAGGUAAUGCCUUUGCUAUGAGCUCCUGAAAGGAGGAGCUCACCAGUGGUUACAUUUAAUAUUAAAGGUUUUUGCAGCCCCUUUCUGUGCCCCAAAUGAUUCCCUUUUUCACCCACUGGGUCAGUUCAAUGAGCAGCAGCUGUGGGAAGCAGGACCAGCCUGUUCACAUGAGUAAAACUGGUGUAAAUCUGUUCACCCUGUGGAAAUGGGGUGAAGCAAGGAAGUGCAGGUUGGAAAAUUACUUACACAGUGGAUCUUUCCCCCUCAAUUACAGACCAUUAACUGCAAAGCCUCUUUGUGAUGGGUUUUUAGUCCUUUUUAUCUUGAGGGGUAAUAAGCUGCAAACAAAGCAAAACAACUGCCCAAACACAGGAAUAAGCUUUUGGUUCCCUUAUCAGCCCAGCCCCAUGAACACCAUCAGAGCCACCAGAUGUCUUCCUGUAUGCAAGAAUUGCUUCUAUUUGUUUUCAGGACCUUAAAAUGCUCUCAUCUCCUUAGAAAUAUUUAUAGCAGAAAAGCAAACAGUAUCCAGGAUGGAAUGAUGCAAAACCCAUCCAGCCCUGUGCAUGCAGGAACUCCUGCAACAAUCUCUUGUUCCAGGUCUGAAUUAAGUCUGUCUCCAUUUCCAAAGAGAUUCAUCUGGCUGAGCUGUUUGUGAUGUAAAAAAUUGUGCACUGUGUCCUAGAAAUGGCUUCAAUAACCUGUAAUUGCUGCCAUAAAUUCCUGCUCAGUCCAGGACCCCAGAGCUGCUCCCAGGGCCCUGUCACAGCUGUACAAUUGUGUAGAAUUUGCUUCCCCUUCCUGCACUUUUCAGUACAUUAAAGCUACAAUUCCCUGCCUUUUGUUCUUUGCUCCCACAGCUUUGAGUUUUGAGUAUUUAAGGGGAUUUUCUUGCUGCUCAGUCUAUUCUUAAUGGCAUUGCUGCUGCUUUCUCCUGCUUCCACGUGGGAUGUUUGGGGUGGGAGAACACCUGAGCCUCCCUGGUUCAGCCUAGAUCUGCCCCAGAUGAGUUUUACCUGUGGAGAACAGAGGUGGUGACAGAUGAGAGGGCAGCACCCAGGCACAGCCCAGUUCAAACACCCCACACUGGUUUGCUGCUUGCUGGCACCUGCUGCAAUCUGUGCUGUCACACUUCAGCCUUAACCACAGCAGCAUCAAGUGCUCUCAGCCAUCCCCCCCUGCUGCAGGGGUUUCCCCUCUAAGUGGCCAAGAAAUCUCAGAGCAAAGACAAGACAGAAAUGUCAGAGCAAAGACAAUGCCCUGGCCCCAGUUCCAAAUGUCGUGGUGCCUUCUCCUCAGUGUUUCCCUUCCAGGUGAGACUGCAGUGAUGGGGGAUGACAGAGCACCACGUGCUGCUGUGCUGGAGAUCCUCCAG